UCCUAGUUUUUAUAACGCUCGCACCAUCAACAAUCAACCUCAAAGAUGGCGGCCCCCAUGAGCGGAAAACCGCUAACUAGCCUGUCCUUUGAGCAAGAGCAAGAUGCUAAUUCGGCCCUAACGGAAUUAGACAAAGCUCUACGCUCCGGCCAGAUUGGGAUUCAGUGUGAAGCCGUUGUGAAGUUUCCCAGAUUGUUUGAGAAAUAUCCCUUCCCAAUUCUCAUCAAUUCGGCAAUGUUGAAGAUUGCUGAUGUCUUCAGAGGAGGGAACAACUUCAUCCGACAAUGCAUUCUGCGUGUAGCUCAACAAAGUGAAAAGCAUUUGGACAAAAUCUUCACGGUGGAACAGUUCACCAGGAGAAUCUUUGGUGUGAUUCACAGUAACGAUCCUGUAGCCCGUGCCAUUACGUUGAGGACCCUGGGCACGGUUGCGAGCAUCAUCGCGGAGAAGAAGAGUGUCCAUCACAGCAUCAUUCUCUGCCUCGACUCUCACAACGCUGUCGAAGUUGAGGCGGCCAUUUUUGCUGCAGAAAAAUUUUCCGAGAAAUCCAAGAUGUUUGCAGCCAGCGUGUGCAGUAAGAUCGGAGCCAUGAUUGCCGGCCUGGCCACCCCGACAGAGAGGAAGGUCAAGUUGAUUCCCAUCCUACAGCACAUGCACCACGACACCGACACCGCCAACAAAGUCAUGGAACUGUGUGAGCGCGUGUUGUCCAACUACCCGGCCCAGCAGUUUGUGGUACUCACCCUGCACACGAUGACACGCCUCACAACUCACUCGCUGCUCAGUCUACAGGACCACGUGGCGCGACUCUUGACCUACCUCACCUCCGACCCACGCAGCAGGGUCAAGGCCGUCUGUCUGGACGACCUGAGGAUGCUUGCUCUUCGAGCAGCAUAUUUGUGGAACGUGCAAAAUCUGGAGGAUGUGGCCAAGUUUGCCCUGUCCUCCUCCUCCAUCGCUCUGAAGGUGAAGGCCGUCCGUGUGCUGAACGCCGUGUGUGGGAACGUGGCCAUGACCUUGCUGCCUCUGUCGACCG